CAUAUGACAUAUGGCCACACAGAUUGUUUUCAAAUGAAAAUGAGGACAGCCUGAAGAAACACAAAUAGAUUCAAGUGUGAUAUAUUAUUUUUUGAAGCUAAAACAGACAGGGCAGACUAAUCAACAACCAAACAUGGCAGUUUUGAUUAAAAAUUCUCAGGCAUGUAAAAGUAUUACUAGUCUGUGACCAUGUCAUCGAUGGUCGGUUAUGUCACGUUUCGUUGCAAGUUGCUUGUGUUUCCUCCGAAACUUCAGCUCUGGCACUUAUACUGGACCUUCCGAUUUGACUCUCAAAGCCGACGAACUUGUAAACAAGCUGCGACUUCUUAACGCGCGCGGCCACGUAAACCAAGCUAUCUCACUGUUCCGAACUGCCCCACCACCUCUACAAACCAAACAAGCCUACGCCACCCUCUUCCAUGGAUUUGCCCUCCAUGGAUCCCUCCAACACGGCCUUUUAUUACACCAAUACAUGCUUGCCCAUGAACCAGUCAAUUCAGCGGACCUUUUCGUCGCAAACCAUAUCGUCAAUAUGUAUGCAAAAUGUGGCUUUUUAGACCAUGCCCAUAAAGUGUUCGAUGAAAUGCCUCGCAAAAAUGUUGUUUCUUGGACUGCUCUCAUUUCUGGAUACGCGCAACAUGGAUAUGCAAAGGAUUGCUUUCGUGUUUUCUCCGAUAUGUUGAUUCAUUUUAAACCGAACGAAUUUGCGUUUUCCAGCGUUCUUAGCUCCUGUCCCUAUGAGCAGGGUCGGCAGGUUCAUGCGCUUGCCUUGAAAAUGUGUGUUUAUGUUGGGAAUGCACUUAUAACAAUGUAUAGCAAGAGCCAUGGUUGUUCUAGUGAUGGAGUGAAUGAAGCUUGGACCGUGUUUCAGACCAUGGAUUGUCGAAAUCUUAUUUCUUGGAAUUCGAUGAUUGCUGGGCUGCAUUUUCGAAAGCUUGCGUUGCAAGCUCUUGAUCUUUUUAGACAGAUGCACCAUGAUGAAAUUGGGUUCGAUCGUGCCACACUAGUCAGUGUGCUUUCUUCUUUGUGUGGGAGCAAUGACAUUGAUGUUUAUGUGGGCCUAAAGCAUUGUAAGCAAUUGCAUUGUCUCAGUUUCAAAACUGCAUUUUUGUUGGAAAUUAAAGUGGCAACUGCAUUAGUGAAAGCUUAUUCAGAUAAUGGGGGAGAUGUUGCUGAUUGCUACAGGCUCUUUAUGGAGUCUAGUUGCUCUCGAGACAUUGUUUCAUGGACUGGAAUUAUAACUGCAUUUGCAGAACGUGAUCCAGAAGAGGCCCUCUACCUAUUUCGACAGUUGAGUCGGGAGGACUUGGCUCCUGAUUGGUGUACUUUUUCAAUUGCCUUGAAAGCUUGUGCAGGCUUUGUAACAACGCGUCAUGCUAUGGCAGUUCAUGCUCUAGUCAUUAAAAAUGGGCUCGAGACUGAUACAGUGAUUGCAAAUGCUUUGAUCCAUGCCUAUGCAAGAUGCGGCUCAAUUUCCUUGUCUGGGCAAGUUUUUAGUGAGAUGGCAUUCCCUGAUUUAGUGUCUUGGAACUCAAUGCUCAAGGCUUUUGCUUUGUAUGGUCAGGCUGAGGAGGCUUUGCAGCUGUUUUCACAUAUGAAUGUCCAACCUGAUUCUGCCACCAUUGUAGCUCUGCUUUCUGCUUGCAGCCACGCUGGACUAGUGGAAGAAGGAACCAACAUCUUUGACUCCAUGUUUGAGAAUCAUGGUAUUGUUCCCCAACUAGAUCACUAUGCCUGCAUGGUUGACAUUCUUGGGAGAUCUGGACGCCUUUUUGAGGCCAUGGGGCUUGUCGAGAGAAUGCCAAUGAAGCCUGAUUCUGUUAUAUGGAGUGCACUGCUUGGAUCAUGCAGAAAACAUGGUGAGGCACAGUUGGCCAAGCUUGCUGCUGAUAAACUGAAGGAGUUGGACCCUGACAAUUCAUUAGGUUAUGUACAAAUCUCAAACAUAUAUUGCUCAGGUGGUAGUUUCAACAAAGCAGGACUAAUUCGAAAAGAAAUGAAGUGGUCUGGAGUGAGAAAGGAACCUGGUCUAAGCUGGAUUGAAAUUGGGACUCAGGUGCAUGAGUUUGCCUCUGGAGGUCGAUGCCAUCCUCAACAAAAGGCGAUACGUGCUCGGCUUGAACAGCUGAUUGGGAAGUUAAAGGAGCUUGGAUAUGUGCCUCAGACAAGCUUGGCCUUGCAUGACAUAGAAGAGGAGCAAAAAGAGGAGCAUUUGUAUCAUCACAGUGAGAAACUGGCUUUGGUAUUUGCUAUAAUGAACGAUGGCAGUUUGCAUGGUUGUGGGAGUGUAAUAAGGAUAAUGAAGAAUAUCCGGAUUUGUGUGGACUGCCAUAACUUCAUGAAAUUAGCCUCACAUCUCCUUCAAAGGGACAUAGUUGUAAGAGACUCGAAUCGUUUCCACCAUUUUACAGACAGGGUAUGUUCUUGCAAUGACUAUUGGUAAUUGACUAAUUUAUGGAGCGUAUUUUUCUA